AUGUUUAUUACCGGAUUUUUAAUAAUAAUUCUGACGAUCUUGAUUUUCUUAUAUCAUCGAAAUUUCUCAUAUUGGACACGCGUUAAAAAUGUCCCCAGUGUACCGGGUCGUAUUUUUAGUGGUAAUCUCUUGGAUUUUCUAUCGUUCAAAACUAAUUUCGGUUUUCAUUUGAAAACUAUUUACGAUGAUGUGAAAUUUGCCAAUGCACCCGUAGUUGGGGUAUAUAGCCUGUACAAACCUUGCUUGCUGAUUCGCGAUCCGGAUAUUAUCAAAUCAGUGUUGAUUAAGGAUUUCGAUUGUUUCCAUAAUCGUUUUGUAAAAUUGGAUUACGAACAUGAUCCAUUGGGUGCCCAAAUGAUGUUCUUUGCCGACUACCCCCUGUGGAAGGAAAUGCGUACGAAGUUGAGUUCCACCUUUACCAGUGGCAAAUUGAAAUAUAUGUAUCCGCUAAUACAACAAGUUGGCGAGAAUAUGCAGAACUACUUGGAAUCUCAAGGUGCGGUUUUCCAAACCGAAAUGAAGGAUUUAUGUGCCCGUUUGACCACCGACAUGAUUGCCACCACGGUGUUUGGUUUCCAGUCGAAUUCCGUGCAGAAUCCUUCCGAAGAUUUCCACAAAGAAGUCCGCUACUUAAGUCAUUUUACAUGGCGUCGGGCGUUAGAUUUUCUUGUCGUAUUGUUUGCUCCGAAAUUAACUCGUCCAUUGGGUACAAAGAUUCUAUUUCCCGAGACCGAACAAUUUCUGCGAACCACAAUAACUCAGGCAGUGCAGCAGAGGGAAUCCUCCCAGGGAGGUGAAAAACGUAAUGAUGUCAUUGACAUUUUUGUUAAACUAAAGCAGGAUGCUAUGGAAAGAGGAGAGCAGAACAUCGACAAAUUCAUGGAAUGUUUAAUUGCCCAGGCGGGUAUCUUUAUGGUUGGGGGUUUUGAUACCUCAUCGACGACGAUAUCAAAUGCUCUAUUGGAAUUGGCCAAACAACCGGAAUUACAAACGAAAUUGAGGCAAGAAAUCAAGGAUGCUUUGGCCGAAGGUGAUGGAGAAAUUUCAUAUGAGGCCUUCGGUAAACUAACAUACAUGGAAAUGGUUAUCAACGAGACAUUGAGAAUAUAUCCAGUGCUACCGGUUAUUGAUCGACAAUAUGCCACUCCACCGGGAAAGCAGCCAUUUUCCCUAAAACCCCAUUGUGAUUUUACACUACCCGAAGGUAUGCCGGUGCUAAUAUCACCCUAUGCUUUGCAUUAUGAUCCUAAGUAUUGGCCAAAUCCCCAAAAAUUUGAUCCGGAACGUUUUUCCCCAGAGAAUAAAUCGCAAAUCAAUCCCAUGGUCUUUUUACCCUUUGGCAAUGGUCCCCAUAAUUGUAUUGGCGCCCGUUUGGGUAUGAUGCAAGUGAAAGCUGGCCUCUUGUAUAUUUUGAAAAAUCAUUAUGUUCGUGUCUGUGAACGCACGAAACUGGAACCGAAAUUCGAUGCAAAACAAACUACUCUGCAAGUU